AAAGGAACCUCCCUAAGGACCUCCCUUCCCAUUAACACCUCAACAACCAGGUUUCGUUUACCUGGUCUACUCUGUAAGAGGUAAGCUUUAGCUACAUUUGAGAAAUAGGCCCUGGCCGCUGUCACUUGACCACUUUUUUCACAGAAACAGGAGAAGACUAGUCCCAUAUGUGCUCACAGCCAAUAAGAGCUGGCAGAACCUGUUCUGCAACCCUGCAAGUAACCUACUUCGCUUCCUGUAAAAGAGAUUGACCCCUCAUGUUUGCCGGAGUGGUAAAUCUUGGACAACAGUUCCCUCCCAGCUGCCGUUCCCCGUAUCGUAUCGCUUGUACAUUAUGAUCGGAUAAAUCAACUGAGGAAUUGGAAGAGCGACACCGCUGAAAAUGGAAUAAAACGUUUCUCAUAGCACCAACGUCUUCUAUCGGCAAAAAAGGCACGGAUUUAUCAUGUACGCGCCCUCAGCGGACACCGUGUCAGGAUACACCAGUGGCAACACGGUGGACAAGGAUGCGAGUCAGGAGACGACGCUAGGCGCCUACUCGCCAGUGGACUACAUGAGUAUCACCAGCUUCCCUCGGCUUCCAGAGGACGAUGUACUGUCGUCGGAAAAUACCCUUAAAACACGUAAAGAUGACGACAACGUCCUUAACGAGCAGGAAACAGAUCCAGACCUCUUCCUGAGGUCUGCUCGUUUGCAACGACUCCCCUCCUCUGCAUCUGAUUUGGUCAGCCAUGACCUCUCGCCUCUGAGGGAGACCCACCGCGACCCCCUGGCCGACGACUGCGCCUGCCAGCGUGACAGCCUCACCGUCAUCAUCACUGCUUGCUUGACCUUUGCCACAGGGGUCACAAUCGCCCUCAUCAUGCAGAUCUACUUCGGUGAUCCUCAGAUAUUUCAUCAGGGUGCCGUGGUGACAGAUGUGGCACACUGCACCUCUCUGGGCUUCGACGUGCUCAGCAAGCAGGGCUCCAGUGUGGACGCUGCCAUCGCCGCUGCCCUCUGCUUGGGCAUCGUCCACCCACACACCUCUGGGCUCGGCAGUGGAGGGGUGAUGUUAGUCCAUGAUAUCCGCAAAAAUGAGAGCCGCGUCAUUGACUUCCGUGAAACUGCACCCUCUGCCAUUCGGGAGGAGAUGUUGCAGUUUAACCUGGAGGAGAGGCCUGGUGUUCUGGUGGCAGUGCCAGGGAUGUUGAAGGGGAUGCAUCAGGCUCACCAGCUCUAUGGAAGAUUGCCAUGGAAAGAUGUCAUAACCAUGGCAGCCGAUGUAGCUAGAGAUGGAUUCAAUGUUACACAUGACUUUGCUGAAGCACUGGCCAAAGUCAAAGACCAGAAUAUCUCACAGGCUUUCCGAGAGCUCUUCCUACCAGAUGGACAGGUCCCUCUGUCUGGUCUGUUUACAAGGCGUCUUGAUUUGGCAGCCAUCUUGUACAGGAUUGCAAUCGAUGGCAUAUCAGAGUUCUACAAUGGCAACCUGACGCAGGAAAUAGUCACUGAAGUACAAAUGAGAGGAGGAAUUAUCACAGAGGAGGAUUUCAGCAACUAUAGCACAGUAUUACAACAGCCAGUAGAGGUGAAAUAUCAAGGACACCAGGUGAUGUCUCCACCUGCCCCUUCCACUGGUGCAGCCCUCAUUACGGCGCUUAACAUUCUAGAGGGUUUCAAUAUCACCUAUCAAAUGCCCAGAAACGACACCUACCAUUUGAUCACAGAGACUCUAAAAAUCGCCUUGUCCCUGGCCAGUGCUUUAGGAGACCCCAUGUUUGAUGCAUCUGUCUCCGAAGUAGUGACUGAGAUGUUAAACAAGAAACAGGCCGAAGAGUUCCGCAACAUGAUCAAUGACUCCCAGGCGUUGCCUCCUGGGCAUUACUUCCCUGCCUAUGCCCUGGAGGAGGGCGCAGUGGCCAGCCAGGUCAUGAUCAUGGGGCCCGAUGACUUUAUUGUGUCUGUUAUGAGCUCUCUGAACCGGCCGUUUGGCAGCCGAAUUGUGACCCCCUCUGGGAUUCUCCUCAACAGCCAGAUACUAGACUUCUCUUGGUCAAACAAGACCAGGAGCUCUGCCCCAUCCAAUCCGCAUAAUCUCGUCCAGCCUGGGAAGAGGCCUCUGUCCUUCUUGAUGCCCACUGCAGUGAGGCCCUCUGGGGGCCUUUGUGGCACUUAUGUGGCCCUCGGGUCAUCCAAUGGGGACCGGGCCCUAAGUGGCAUAACGCAGGUUUUGAUGAAUGUCUUGUCCUCUCGCAAAAACUUGAGUGACAGCCUGAGCUAUGGCCGACUACAUCCCCUUCUUCAGCCAAACACUCUCCUAGUGGACUCGGAGUUCCUGGAGGAGGACGUUGAGGUCCUGCUGUCUAAGGGACACGAGGUACAAAGAGUUGAGGUCCUCUCCAUGGUGGAGGGAACCAGAAGGACCAAUGAUCAAAUUAUUGGGGUGAAGGACCCCCGUAGUGCUGACGCCUCUGCUUUAACCAUGUCCAGGUCUGUGCCUUAGCAUGUGUGUGGCUACAGCUACACCGUUCCUCUGUGCAGUCUCUGACUGAUAAUAGCUGUACAAUCCACAAAGGGGUUUGGAUAGUAGAUGGUGAGGAGGGGGUGCCAAGUCAACCGGUUGCAUUUUUUUCGGUCAUGAUGAAUGUUUUGCCUAUUAUGCACAGAGUAUGGUGGCAGGAAUACAGGCAUAGUGAUAGGCUUUGGGAGACUGCAUGCCAAAGGCCUAAAUAUGUCUCACUUAAAUUAACACAUACAUUGACACACACUGAUAAGAUGCUAAAUGAUUACAUUUAGCUCAGCUCCUCACAUCAAUAUAAUGACACAAAUACAUACAAACGUGCAUGCCUGCAUACAGUUGAAUUGCUUGUACACAACACCCUGGCCAUACCUCUGCAGACAAUCUUGCUUGAAAAUGUGUACCAGUGCAAGUUUUACUGUCGUUGUGAGCAUAGUGGAUUUGAUCACAAGUCCGUCCUGAUAUAUUUUGAAAUUUCAAAUGUUGCCUCAGUAUACGCUUGAGGUCUGCUUGUAAUGGCAUAUAAUGUUAUGAAAAAAAUCUCUAGAUUUGCACAUUGGUAGGCUGUUUUGGAGAUGACAUAUUUAAAAACAACUUUGUUGUAAAUUAACACAGAAUUAAAUGUCACAGACUGUCUAUAUCUCUCUGAAAUGUUGAAAUGUUCAUAGUAUAGUGGCCCUGAUACUUUGUGGCAAAGUGAUCUGAAGAAAAAUAUAAUUGAAAAACCAGAUAGCUUAUUAUGGUUUUAUAAAAUGGGAAAGAGAAUGGAAAAUGUGUGGGUUCAGCAGGAGGGAAGUAUGUUUUUAUAGGAUAGCCUAUUUAUAGACAUUUGAUACAAAUGGAGGAAAGAUGUAUGUUAAACUUAUUUUUUUAUUCAACUUAGUUUGCACCUUUUGCUUUUUGAUUUCGGCAUGUUAGUGCAAAAUGGAUUUCUUUACUGAUAAGUGAUUUGUAAUGAGAAUGUUUUUUUUCACUCGUUUUAUGGUAUAGUUGGCCAGGUUUGUUUAUUUUUUUUGUAUUUUUUUUUUUAUUUAUCAGUGUACAUCUAUGUAUAUGGUUAAAAAUUCUGAGUACAAUACAUUAAAGUGAAAUCAUGCAAUAA